AUGGACGCAAGAAAAUCACUCCCGAAGGAAUCCUUUUUUGCGUCGCCAUUGUAUGAUUUUCUAUCACCCUUUAGGCCUGUUGCCAACCAAUAUUACGCAGAGUAUGUCAUAGUGAUUUUUGCCUUGGUCAUACGAUGUGCUGUGGGACUUGGUUCAUUCUCCGGAGAGGCCACUGUGCCGAUGCAUGGCGACUUUGAAGCGCAAAGGCAUUGGAUGGAAUUGACAACCAACUUGCCCUUAUCUCAAUGGUACUGGUUUGAUCUUCAGUACUGGGGCCUUGACUACCCUCCUCUAACAGCUUAUCACUCCUAUGCUUUGGGCAAACUAGGCUCUGUACUCAACCCUGAGUGGUUCGCGCUUGGCUCCUCACGCGGAAAUGAGACACCUGAAUUGAAGGCAUAUAUGAGGUUUACGGUGAUUUUAAGCGAGGCAGCACUUUAUAUACCCGCUGUGCUCUAUUUUACGAAGUGGUUUGGCAUUAAGAGGCGUCAAUCCCCCAUUGGUCAGUACAUUGCUGCUGCUGCAAUUUUGUUUCAACCCUCUCUAAUAUUGAUUGACCAUGGCCAUUUCCAGUACAACUCAGUUAUGUUGGGGCUCACAGUGUAUGCCAUAAACAAUCUGUUGGACGGGUUUCAUGGCCCAGCUGCUAUCUGCUUUAUGUUGUCUCUUUGCUUUAAACAAAUGGCAUUAUUUUACUCUCCGAUUUUUUUUGCGUACCUGCUUAGCAGAUCACUGUUCUCACCAUCCUUCAAAUUUUCCCGCUUCAUGUCAGUUGCGCUCUCGACAGUAAUUACGUUUUGUCUCAUGUUUUCACCCCUUUAUGUUUUUGGUGGAAUGAAGAAUGUGCUUCAGUCAAUUCAUAGGAUUUUCCCUUUUUCGCGGGGUAUCUUUGAAGAUAAAGUUGCCAAUUUUUGGUGCGUUUCUAAUGUCAUAGUGAAAUACGCUGAUAACUUUACACAAGAUCAGCUGCAAAAACUCUCGACAUUUGCAACAGCAGCAGGCUUUCUACCAUCUUUUGCAUUGGUGGUGCUUUACCCCAAGAAGCACAUGAUUCCUUACGGCUUAGCAGCUUGCUCAAUGGCGUUUUUCCUUUUCGGUUUCCAGGUCCACGAGAAAUCUAUCUUAGUGCCUUUACUACCUAUCUCCCUGCUCUUUUGUUCAACCGACUGGAAUGUGUUAGCCAUCGUCAGCUGGAUUAACAAUGUAGCCCUAUUUACCUUGUGGCCUUUACUGAAAAAAGACAAACUCGCUUUACAAUAUGGGAUCAUGAUGCUCCUAAGCAAUUGGCUAAUUGGCAACUUCAGCUUUGUGACACCCCGCUUCUUGCCAGGUUUCAUAACCCCCGGGCCAUCGAUGAGCAAUGUAGCCGAAACUUACAGGAGAAGAAGUUUUCUACCUAACAAUAUUGUUUGGAAGAUACUGAUCAUUACAUCUUACAUCGUUAUGGCCGUCAUCCAUAUUCUUGACUUGUUCGUUCAGCCUCCAGCGAAGUUGCCUGAUCUGUGGGUUUUGAUGAAUUGCGCUUUGGGAUUUACUUGUUUUAGCGUUUUUUGGCUGUGGAACAAUUAUAAACUGUUUACAAUGCGAAACAAAUCCAUACUUGAUCUCUAG